UGCUGUUUUGUUUAUCUUAGCUCUAAUCCGAAUGUCUGCUAUUUGUUUCAACGCUUGCUCCGAUCUUGAUAAAACUUUAUGAGAUCCAAGCGUUUAAGUGAUAUUGUUCAAUUUUGAAGUAAGAUAAAAUGGUAUAAAAGCUAGGUCAGUAGACCGAAUGGUGUAAGAAUAAUGUUAAAUCUUGAUGAAAACUUUAUCUCCGAUCGAGGUCUUGGUAAAAUAUCAUCGGAGGCUAAGCAAUUUUGUUCAGAACUAGAGCUUAUCUAUGUUGGUUUUUCUUUUGACGAAUAUAGUCAAAAUGUAUAACUCUGUAAAUCCGGUUGCAUUUCUUUAAGAAAAUUGGUAAGAAUUUAAAACUGUUCUUGUGGCUUAAAGCUAGUAUGUAAUAAUGGUUUUCUAAAAUUGAAUGGUACACAAAGUCAAAUAAUAGCAAAUCGUAUUUUGAUAUUGUGCGCUAUAUGUUCAACCUAAUUCUCGAUAACCUUUUCAUUAGUAUGUUACAAUCGCUCGAUUGGUCGUUGUCGGCUCGGGUACUACUUACAUUUAGCCCGGGUACUUGUUAGUAUAAUUACAUGUAUCCCGGGUACGGUAAAUAAACUAAAACGUGCCCAGCCGAUAUAAGACUGUACCCGAGCUGUAUUCCCGCCCAAAUUCCGAUGUCCUUAAACGCGCUACCGAUUACCGUAUUAACGAAAACGAUUACCGUAAUUACGAAACAAUUAAAAAACUGCAGCAACAUGCUUUUUGAGUUUAAGUUUCGAUAAUAAAGAGGUCAUUUAACAGAAAAUGGAUAUACAUAUGAACUUAAUUAUUUUUUUAAAAAUAGCCGACAACGACCGAUUUAGCGUUAAAAUGCUCGGGUACGUUUUAGUAUAUUUACCGUACCCGGGAUAAAUGUAAGUAUAACUCUAUACAUAGAUGGUGAAGUCACUACGUUAUUGUCACCUCUGUACUAAGACGCAUAACAUUCCCCUGGUUUGGGGAAUUAUGCUUCCGCCAAAGUAGUUCUGCGUAGGAAUGAAAAAGUUAAUAAUGAAAGAAAAAUCGUUUUUUAUUGUGUGUUUAAAACGAAAUGUUGUUUAAAGAAAUGUUUUUUAAUUGUGUUAAAAUGUGAUUUUGAAUCUUUAUUAAGACUGAUUAUUAGAAGCACGAUUAUCUGACUACUUUCUCUUUCACUGUUCACUCGUAAAAGAAUUGCUACCCACAAUUCCUUUCGCGUUAGUACACAGGUCAGUAAGACCGGUGUGUACACAAUGUGUAAGUAUACUUAAGUGUAAGUAGUACCUGAGCCUACAAUGACCAAUCGAGCUUUACUAUCAAACGUAAGCUAAGUUUAAAACAAAGGUAUACGUGUUUUCACUGUCAGUUAUGAAACAUCACGGCUAAGUUCGUCUGUACUGUCAUAAUAUAAAACAAAUAUAUAUCUAUAUGAGCUGGUUAUUAUACAUAACAUGUUUUCAUGUGAUCGAUAUAUUGCAAUUAUGGUCCUGUCAUGAUAUUAAGAUGAUUAACUCUUGAUCCAUUUGCUGAUGUUAUAUAUCUACCAUGUAGUAUUUACUUCCCUUGAUAUAUUUGUAUGUUUGCUUCACUUCACAUGUAGAAAUCGAACCAGUAACACGCAAUAAAAAGUAUAUACAAACUUAUGGAGUUCUUAUGAUUGAUUAACACAUUACUAUAAUGACCAACAUUAUGACAUGGUGUCAGAUACUACUGUGAACGUCUGAUAGAAAUUGAUCAUAGAAAUAUUUUCAACAUUCUUAGAUUUACUGCAAAAAUUGUGCACGAUGGAUUCAUCGGAAAUUCCAGAACCCAAAAUGGACUGGGGCUCGAGUAACCUUCCAAAGGCAUGGCUUCACUUCAAAGAUCACGUAGAUUUCAAUUUCAAGCUAGAUAUAAUUUACACGCAAUUCCUUGAGCAUGUGCAGCCGAAGCUAAAUUCUGUUUUUAAACGUUACCAAUUCAACAACAUUGUACAAGGGCAACUGUCAAUCGAAGAUUUUCUAACAACGCUACGAAUUUCAGCAGCAGAUUGCAAAUUCACAAAUAAAAAAGAAAUGAUACGGGACAGAAUUGUGUUUGGACUUACAUCUACAAGAAUCUGCGAAAAGCUUAUACAAGAAGGUGACAAACUGACAUUAGAUAUGGCAAUCGAAAUAGCAAGAACAUUUGAGUAUGCACAAAAUCAAAUGAAAUCUAUCGAAAAUAAAGAAAAGGACGUCAGCGCGUUACAAAGAAGGCAAAUGCGCAAACAUCAACAGAGAUCGCAAAAUUUUGCUAAUCUGAGUAAACAACAGAAAGAUCUACACAAGACACCAGAUCUACACAAAAAAACAUGUGGCCAAUGUGGAAAUAAUCAUAUGGAUUCCUCGUGUCCAGCCAAGGAUCAUCAGUGCCGGAAGUGCCGGAAAUGGAACCAUUUCGUGAGCGUAUGCAGGUCGGUGAAACGAUCUUCAUGCCAAAAGAAAAUUGUCCAGGUUAUCGACGGUGACGACAGCGACAGCAGUGACGAGAACGGCUUUAACAUAGCAUCAGUUACCAGACAGAAAGAUGAGUUUUAGCAGCAGACCUCAGGAACAGAGAUAAAACAGACACUACAAUGAAAAUGGGACUGUGAAAUUCUCUGUGUAUACUCACAUGAAGUAUCAUGUUACGAUAAACAUGUUCUGAUGAAUAUUUUAAAAGUGUUUAAGAGUUGAUCAACUGUAUUAAUGGUACAUUUUAAUAAUGCUGAUAUUUGAUUGAUGUUUCAUAACUCAUUAUCCAGAAUGAUUGUAUAAGAAUAAUACAAUUUAUAAUUGAAUAAAAAGGGAGAUGUCAUGAUGUUAAGAUGAUUAACUUUUGAUCCAUUUGCUGAUGUUAUAUAUCUACCAUGUAGUAUUUACUUCCCUUGAUAUAUUUGAUACUGAUUGUAAUACUGUAUGUUUUCUUCACUUCACGUGUAGCCAUCAACCAGUAAUACGCAAUAAAAAGUAUAUACAAACUUGGAGUUCUUAUGAUUGAUUAACACAUUAUUAUAAUGACCAACAUUAUGACAUGUCCGCUGGAUUUUUCGUUCAUCAAAUUGGAGAACCCGGAAUUUUGCACAUUAGCAACAGGUGUCAUUGCAAAUAGACUAAAACAAUACUUGAUAUUUUAUUUUUGUCUUUCUAGUAAACAGAAACGAUUAAAAGUUGUUGUUUUUAUAUUUCAAACCGAUCGUCCUAAAACAUAUAUUUAGGUUUUUGCAUUAUACUAUUGCAUGCAUAAUUCUUGUAAAGCACUCCUUGUUUAGAAUGGGUUGUUGUCAUGGACAACAAUUGGUACUUAUAUGUGCACCCGCAAUUAAAGGGGCCUUUUCACAGAUUUUGGCAUAUUUUGAAGUGUGUCAUUAAAUGCUUUAUAUUGAUAAAUGUAAACAUUGGAUCUUAAAAGCUCCAGUAAAAAAUCAAGAAUAAAAUUAAAACAAGGAAAAAAAAGUAAACGGUACCAAGGCUCGAACCAGUGACCCCCGGAGUCAUGAAGUUACUCUGAAGUAAAAACGCAUUAGCCCUCUCGGCUAUUCCGCGGAGUAUACUCAGCAGAAGUAUUUUAUACCUUAUAUAAGCAAUCUUCGUAGUUUCGUAAAUUUAAACGACAACAACAGAACUCUCCAAAUUAUUCAAUCGUUUCGCGUUGCAACGCUUUAUAAUUUUUAGGUUUUCAAAUCGUCAAAAGACACAUAUAAUGGCUAUAUUGGGCUAUGGUAAAUGUUCAGUAAUACUUUUUCCUCACAAAUAUCAUAACUAAAACGAAAAUUUGCGAAUCUGAAACAACUUUUUUCAAUUUUCUCAAUUUACCAAACCGUGAAAAGAUCCCUUUAAAUAUGUAUAUGUUCCGUGUGUUGCAUUG